CUUCUGCUCUCCAAGGAUUUGGGGAAGCAUCUGCUGGAGGUGGAGGACCUGCUGCAGAAGCACGGGCUGCUGGAGGCGGACAUCUCCGCCCAGACCGAGCGGGUGCGGGCGCUCAACGCCGCCGCGCUCAAGUUUUCGGAGCUGGAGGGUUACCAACCCUGCGACCCCCAGAUCAUCUGCAACCGGGUCAACCACGAGCAGCUCCUGGCCGCCAAGACGUGCGGCCGCGACCUCAGCAGCGUCUUGACGUUGACCAACAAGCACAAGAGCAUGUUGGGCGAGUUGGGCAACCGCCGGGCGCUCUUGCACCAAACCAUGAAGAGGGGGGAGCAGCUCUUGACCAAGAAACGCUUCAGCCCCGGUGGGAUCCAGGAGAAGAUGCGGGAAGUCCGGCUCCGUUGGAAGAAGCUGGAGGAAGUGACGGGGUUACACCAACAGCGGUUGCAGGAGGCCCUCAACUUCUUCCAGUUCAGCGCCGAGACGGACGACUUGGUGGCCUGGUUGCAGGACACCUACCGCAUCGUCUCCAGCGACGACUUCGGCCACGACGACUACUCCACCCAGGCCCUUCUCCGCAAGCACCGGGCGGUGGUGGAAGAGGUGGAGAAGCACCGGGCGGCCGUCUUGGCCCUCCGGAAGCAGUUGGCUCUCCUGGCGCCCGAGCACCGCCAAGGGGUGGACGUGCAGAUCCGGGUGGUGGAGGUGGAGCAGCUCUACGGGGAGGUGGCGGAGGUGGCCGUGCUGCGGCAGCACGCCUUGGCCGUCUACCGCAUGUUCGGCGAGGUGCACGCCUGCGAGGUCUGGGUGGACGAGAAGGAGCAGUGGUUGGAGAGGAUGGAGGUGCCGGAGGAGCUGGAUGAGGUCGAGGUGGUCCAACAUAGGUUCGAGAGCCUGGACCAGGAGAUGAACAGCGUCAUGGGCCGCAUCCUGGACGUCAACCAGGUGGUGCAGCAGUUGGUGGACGGGGGCCACCCCAGCUCCGAGGAGGUCCGCGCCUGCCAGGACCACCUCAACGGCAGGUGGAACCGGGUGGUGGAGCUGGUGGAACGUAAGAAAAGCCAACUCAGCUCCGUCCUGAAGAUCCAGAACUACCUGCUGGAGUGCGGCGAGAUGAAGGAGCAGGUCCGGGAGAAGAGAAAAGCCAUCGAAGCCACGCGGUCCGGCGGCGGCGACCUGGGGGGCGUCUUGGCCUUGCAACGCCGCCUCUCCACCAUGGAGGCGGCUCUGGUGGUUUUGGAACCUCGGUUGGCGGAGCUUCAACGGGAAGGAGAAUCCUUGGCCGACGCCCACCCGGGAAGAGCCCUGGAGAUCCUGCUGCCCUUCGAGCAGAUCAGCGAGGAGUGGGAGGCCCUGAAACGGCAACAGUUCAUCCAAGACUUGGACAACUUCUUGGGUUGGUUGGUGAAGACCCAAGCGGCCGUCGCCUCCGAGGAGAUGCCGGAGAGCUUGAGCGAAGCGGAGAGGUUGUUGAACCAACACGCCGCCCUCAAAGAGGAGAUCAACGGCUACGAGGAGGACUACGCCAAGAUCCAGGCGGCCAGCGACCUCCUGGCCUUGGAGGAGACGGAGGUGCCGUACCUCUCGUUGCAGCAGUGGCUGCAGAA